AUGGCUACCAGCAAGGCUUCCAACAAGGGCGCCAGCAAAGCCGAUAGCACGGCUUCCAACUCGCCAGAGAGCAAGACUACCAGCAAGGCAACUAGCAAGGUUUCCAACAAGGCGCCCAGCAAGGUGCCCAGCAAGGUAUCUGGCAAAGCUACCAGUAACGCGCCCAGCAAUCCACCCACCAAGGUUGCCGACAAGGCGCGCAGCAAAGCGCCCAGCAAGGUGUCCGGCAAGGCUGCCAAUAAAUCGCCCAGCAAGGCUCCGAGCAAGGCUCCGAGCAAGGCUCCGAGCAAGGCCUCCGCUAAGGCUCCGAGCAAGACUCCUAGCAAGGCGGGCAGCAAGACGCCCAGCAAGGCACCCAGCAAGGCUCAAAGCAGGAUGCAACACAAGUUGAAGCAAAGGAGCCUAAUGAAAGGAGACAUGGGUCGCAAGACAUCGGGCAGGCUCUCCAAGAUGGCCUCAAGAGCGAGCUCAAGAGCGAGCUCGGUUGCGCCCUCCAGAGCAGCACCGGGCUCCGACACGGGCUCUCAUGAGUCCGGCCGCGAGGAAGAGGCUCCCAAGAAGAAACAGCCUAAGAAGACGAAAAAGUCUAGCGAUGAAGAUGAGGACAGUAGCGAGGAAGAGAAGCCGAAGAAGAAAAAGGGGGAUGAGGACGGCAAGGGGGAAGGCAGCGAAGGUACGGAAGGAGAAGGAGAGGAGGAAGAAGAGGAAGAAGAGUAUGUCUACAUGAGCACCACAGAGUUUGAGGCCUACAUAGCUCGCCGCGACUGCAUCCGCUACAUCGGCAAGUGCGUGCUCAUCAUAUUCAUGACGGCCUGCAUCGCCUACCGGUUUCACCCCUACAGCGAAGAGGAGGAGAAUGUCACGUUCCCGCUCAACAGGGUCCGAGACUUCUACGUGGAUGACCAGCCGGAUGCGGUGCCCACGGAAUUCGGCAAGGCAGUUGGAGACUUCUAG